AUGAUUAUUCCUCAUGGUCAUUCACAGGAUGAGAGUGAUCUUUAUUUCGGCCAUUAUCACUCCGCUGCUCUCCGACUAAGCCCUGCAAGAUCGGAUGUUGCAGCAACACCGGUGUCUGCGGAUUGGGUCCGGAUUUCUGUGGAAAGAAUUGCAUCUCCUCGUGCGAUCAGAAAAGGUAUGCCCUUGAUGCAUCAAGUUUGGCUUCUGCGGGACGACCGAAGACUUCUGUGGCAACAAGACCGUUCAGAAGCCAUCGUGUUCAGGUACCAGGUGAGCAUUGAAGUUCUCUUAGGCUUUCCUUUACUGACAAUCUUCAGCUCCAACAAGCGGUCAAUUGGGUACUACGAAGGAUGGUCCAUCACUCGAGCCUGUUAUGGAAUGAUGCCCGAGCAGCUUCCUGUGGGAGCAUACACCCAUCUGAACUUCGCGUUUGCCUUUAUCGAUCCCAAGUCCUUCAAGGUGGCCCCCAUGAGCGGGGCUGACACUGAGCUCUACCCUCGUUUCACUUCACUGAAAGACUCCAAUCCCGGCCUCCAGACAUGGAUAUCAAUUGGUGGGUGGUCUAUGAACGAUCCAGAUCAACCAACAGCCACGACCUUUUCCGAUUUGGCGGGAUCCAGCAGUGCGCAGUCCGCAUUUUUCAGCUCGCUGCUCUCUUUCCUCCAGACGUAUGGCUUUGACGGCGUCGAUAUUGACUGGGAAUAUCCCGUCGCGUCUGAAAGAUCUGGAAAACCUGCCGAUUUUAAGAACUUUGUUUCAUUUCUGAAGAACCUUCGUUCGGCUCUGGGAGGCAGUGGCCAUAAUUACGGGUUGACUAUCACGGUUCCUUCGAGCUAUUGGUAUAUGCAACACUUUGAUAUUGUCGCAAUCGAAAAGAUCAUUGACUGGUUCAAUGUCAUGACCUAUGACUUGCAUGGCACAUGGGACUCCACCGACAAAUUCAUCGGACCCAUCGUGAAUGCGCAUACCAAUCUCACGGAAAUUGAUCUGACUAUGGAUCUGUUCUGGAGAAACAAGAUUGAUCCGGACAAAAUCGUCAUGGGUCUGGGAUUCUAUGGGCGGAGCUUUACUCUCUCGAACCCAUCCUGCACGACUCCUGGCUGUGGCUUCAGCGGAGGAGGGAACCCCGGAAAAUGCUCAGCCAGUGCAGGGACCCUUAUGUAUUCGGAAAUCCAGGACAUCCUGGCGAACGAAGUCACACCUACUCUAGACAAAAAGGCCGCUGUCAAGCAAAUAGUUUGGGAUAAAGAUCAAUGGGUCUCGUAUGAUGAUCAAGAAACUCUCAAAAUGAAGGCAGACUAUGCCAAUGGCAAGUGCCUUGGUGGUACAAUGGUUUGGGCCGUCUCCACCGACGACACGGUGGGAUCUGCCGCGCAAGCUUAUAUCAAGAACAACGGGCUGGUAGCCCGCAGUCUGUUCGGCGGUGGCGCAAACCCCAAGCAAGAGGAUGUCCUAUCCGUUUGUAUCUGGGGUGAGUGUGGCAAGGACUGUCCAAGUAACUCUCGCCCCGCUCAACGCAGUGAUGGUAAGAACCGUGGCAAUGCGGGAAUAUACACAGGCUGCUCUGAGGGACAGACCCGAAAUUAUUGCUGUCCUAAGGAUCAGGAGAUCCCCACCUGCCAGUGGCGUGGUGGAGCGCCGUUUUGUAAUGGGAGAUGCCAUGAGGGAGAGGUGCAAGUUUCGUCCGAUACCAGUGGCACUGGUGCCGAGUGCUGGACAGGACAUAAAGUCUUGUGUUGUACCUCAACCAAGUCGGAUGCUGGAAUCGGGCAGUGCAGUGAGUUUCCUCUGAGCCAAUUUUAA